GGGACUUUUUUUUUUUUUUGACUGCCCGAUAUGCACAAAUACGGCAUUGUCAUCUCCACACCGUGAGAGAAUUACCUUUAACCCCCUUUAUUCAAAAUGUCAAACGUCGUUGUUUACGGUGGUGCUGGAGCCCUUGGAAGACAUCUCGUGACAAAAUUCACAGCUAACAACUGGACCGUGACUAGUAUCGAUUUGGUUAAGAAUGACAGUGCCAAACAUAAUGUACUGCUCAGUAUUGAUGCCUCACUCGAAGAACAAGCAAAGGCUGCCCUUGAAGGCGUUAGUCAGGCUCUUGGAUCAGGAAAAGCAGAUGCUGUUUUGUGCGUAGCCGGAGGAUGGGCUGGAGGCAAUGCAAAAAGCAAAGAUUUUAUAAACAACUCGGACUUGAUGAUCAAGCAGUCCGUAAACUCGUCUUUGAUCGCUUCCAAUGUCGCCGCUCACCACCUUGCAAGCAAUGGUCUUUUGAGUUUGACCGGCGCUUUGGCUGCUGAACAAGGCACACCUGGUAUGAUUGGAUAUGGCAUUGCCAAGGCCGCUGUCCAUCAAUUGGUGAAGAGUCUCGCGGCAAAUGGAAGCGGAUUGCCUGAAGGAGCAGUCGUAACUGCCAUAUUACCUGUCACUUUGGAUACUCCCAUGAACCGCAAGUUUGCAGCUGCAGAUACAGACUUCUCAACCUGGACUCCGCUUGAUGAUAUUUCCGAUCAUUUGUUUGCGUUGGCUUCCAAGACUGCCAAGGUUACCAGUGGAAAAUUGCUGUCUGUCACCACCGAGAAAGGGCAAACAAGCUACAACGAACUUUGAUAACAUAGUACGUGGAAUAUAAAAUAAAACUUCAUGUUCAAUCACCAAGUUUCUUUAUUAUGAUACACUAUCAAGAUGAUAUUCAAGUAGGGAAAUCUUUUAAGGUCGCAGACUGAAAGCUGAGUGGUUAUCAAGCAAGUCUGGCAUGCUUGAUCGAUCUGCGAUAAUAGAAUGCGUUAGAUAUCCAUUACAACAACACUACUUUAGACUAAUUAAUAUGUAAAAUACCUCUAAGGAUAUCGUCAAAGUCAAUAGUUUCAUCGUUGCCAGUCAAAACAUCCAGAGCUAACGAGUUCUCAGAAAGAAGAGAAUUACGCAUGUG